CACCUCCACCACCGGCAACGAGAAAGAAGUAGGGAAAAAGUAGAGGGCGAGGGAAAGGGAAAGGGUUACAGAGCAUAAUGAGAAUCGAGUACGUUUUCAUUUUCAUCGUCCUUCGGAUGACGACAUCCUUCUUUGUUCCAUAUACUUUUCAGAAAUGUGCUCCGAAUACAAAGCAUGUGAACGGAAUCCCUCCGACUGCUCUUUGGAUGGAUAGGGUAGAUGAUAACGGGGAAAGCGCACUGAAAUCAUUGGAUUGUUUCGUAUCGGCGGUAGAAACGAUGAACAAGAAUUUCCGCUCAAUGGAUGAUUCUCGUGAUACUUUCCAAGUUAUCUCUCGCGGUUUAAGCGAUCUCCCAUCUUGCGAGAAAGUCAAAACCAAGGUCUUUUAUGAUCCAUCCAGUAUGGAAGUCUUCAUUGCCACGGUGCAAGACAGCUCCGAAAUCAGAAUCUCAAAGAUUCGUUUUCUCUGUUCCAACAACAAUCUGGUCCCGGCACCCGCCGAUGUGGUGCAGAAUCUCUGUGGUUUUCCGGUUGACACAUUGCCGCCACUCGGCCAUUGUCUAGCUCCUAAAGUAUCGUCGUGUACGAUUGCUUUCGACGAACGAUUAAUUAACGAUUGCCAGGAACUCAAGCUCCUUAUGAUGGGUAGCGCAGGUCAUCCUUAUUGGAAGUCCCUGCUAGCGGCAGAGUUAGUUGUCCGACUGCAAGAAAUUGGUGAGGUGAUGAUAGCUGGUGGUAUUACAUACGAUGACAACCGACACGAAGGAAGCGACAAAAGAGUUUGGGAAGUUUCAUCGAGCGACAAAGAUGAAAAGAAAAUUCCUACUACUCCGAGUAGAACGCCGUCAAACUCUCUUGAUCCGUUUUACCCGAAGCCUUAUUUUCCUAUUGACGGCCCAUCCCUCAAUAUAGCACGACUUGUCAUUCGACAGAAAGAGAUUUCGAAUCCGUUGACUCCUGUCUUCCUGACAGUCAUGGGCAGAAUAGGAACCAUUAACGUGAGGACAAAACGAUCUCUGAGGUGCGAAUUCUUGCCAACUGUGAGAGAAAUGUCUAGAAACGACGAGACCAACGACAACGAAGUCUCCCACCCGUGGAGGUCUGCUGUAUCCGGCAAAGAUAUGGCGGUCGAUCUGAUCUUUGGCAAGUUUUUUCUACAAUCGUAUGGGACAAAGCUAGGAGAGGCGUUGAUCGAGGAAGUCCAAGAAGGCCAACUGGUACAGAUCGAAGCCAAAACAAACCCGGGGCAGCGAGAGUCUAUAGAGAAAUGGAUCGACACCAAUUGUUUGGAGCUGGUCCCGAUGAAUUGCCAACUUUUAUCUUGCGGUUCGCGUUCGUACGGCGAUUCUUUCGACAAAGGAGGAUUGCAAACUGGUAGAAAGCCGAAAAAGACGGGGUCCUCUUCUUCGUUACCGACUCUCACGCUCAGCGACAUAUACCAAGGCAACUCGUCCAUAAAGUUUGUUGAUGACGCUCGCUCCAUCUCUGAAUUUUCCAGCGAUAUCGCCAAGCUUCUCUCGGAAGUGGGCGAUCGGCCCUCUCUAUCGCCCUACGUUGGAAUCGAUUGCGAAUGGCAACCCCGUGAAUUCAUGGAAGACAAAAAACAGCCCCAACCGGUGUUGUUGCUGCAGGUUAGUUUGCACGCACUCGAAAGGGUGUACAUCCUGGAUCUACAAGCCUUGCUGCGGCCACUCGAGGAGAGCGAUACACCCUUCAAUCAGCUAGAAGGGGAGCUUUCGGAGUGCUUGUCGAAGCUGAUGAAGUCGAACCGGUUCAUCAAGGUCGGAUACCAGCUCUCCUCGGAUCUGCGAAGGAUUUUUGCGAGCUACCCCCAUCUUCCUUGCUUCCAAGAAGUUCACUCGAUUCUCGAAAUCUCGUCUUUCAUAAAGAGAGUCCUUCGCAUAUCCAAGCAAAAGAAAAGUCGUUAUAUCACCAUGUCCCUUGCAGCCAUGACAUCUCAUUAUCUUGGCAUGGCACUGGACAAGGAACACCGUGAGUAUAAUGCUGCCACCGUUCUUGAUUAAAAAAGGAAAUUCCUCGGAGAAAACCCCCGUCUGUCUCGGCUCCAAAACCCGCUGGCACUCACCGUUCCACCCGCCGUUUUCCCUUCUUGUCGCUUUUGGCGUGCGCACCAACGCAACCAACCCCACAGAAAUGACCGAUUGGGCGGUCCGGGACCUGACGCCGAGGCAGCUCGAGUACGCGGCGCUGGAUGCCGCGGUCCCACCCCGGCUGCUGGAGGAGGCGCUGGAAUCGAUCGGUGCCUCGUUCUCGGACGAAGGACCCCGCGGCACCGAGGUGUCGAGCUGCCCGGUCCCCCGGAGGCACGAGGGCGACGCCGCCCUGGAGGGCGAGGUCGCCUCGGUGCGGUUCCACCGGCUCUCGGGGGACACCGACGAGGAGACCGCCGGCGAGCUGGGGGCGAAGCGGAUCGUCGGGCCGUCGUGGAUCCUUUCCUCGGUCUGGAAGGCCGUCGAGGCCCCGCCGCCGCCGCUCGUGGUCCCCUCGUCCUCCCGGCGCUAGGAGGGGCGGCGCGCCACGCCACGGUACAGUGCUGAGUGCCAUACAGACCCAACGCCUCGAACCAUCGCGGCACCGGGCAAUCCCCGCGGCUUCCCGCCCCCGCGUCUCGGCGUCCAACACGAGCCCACGCGCUAGCUACUACUGUGCUUCUACAAAAGAAUCCAACAACUGAGAAUACUGCGUACUACUAUUUUUUUAUCAAAUUUGGCGGAUUGCGUCGUGCAUGAUCUCGAAGCAACCCACGGCUGGAGCGACGGGGUUUGCACCAAGUUCUGUGCCCGUGGCGCAGCCGAGGUUCAAAACGAACCGGACCGGACCGAACCGAACCGCGUCGGUAUUGUAAUAAGUACUCUUGUAAAUU